ACGAUAUUCUCUUGUUCGAGGCCACGGCCCUACUCUAGUGCUAGUGAUAGCAAGUCGUGCUGUGAAUGUAUCCUCCCGAUUGAACAGAAGCUACCAAGCAUUCUCCACUGAGCAUAGCUGCAGCAAAGAUCCCUGGUCCCCACUUGACCAAACCCCAGCCAAGCUUGCUUCUUGUUGUUGUGUCCAAUUUGACUUAUCCAUCCAGGUCGAAUCAUGAGAUCAUGAGGGGGGAGGGACACCAGCAACCCGGGCAAAAUAGGGUACUAGAUUUUCAGCUUCAGAAUGUGGACAAUCAGGGAUCGUCAGGGACCCGACAAGUUUUGAAUAGUGAUGGGGCGGACCAGACAAAUACUUCCUCCGGGGACCAGCAAUCGAGCAGAUCGGCUCAGCAGCCCGGAUCGAGGAACUUUGAAUUUGUUCUAGUGACUGAUAACGGAUCUCGGCGCCAGGUCCGACGUCAUGCCAUGCGUCAGUAUAUGCAUCAAAGGCGCUUGGACAGUAUUGCUCGACUUGGGACGGCUCGUGUACCGGGAGGUGCUUGGUCUACCCGCUCACCUUCCGACUCCCAGCCCUCAGGCUCGUCCUCCCAAGUAAGGAUUGUAAAGGACGAGUCCCAGGAGGAUUUGGCCGCCAAGUCAGAGAAACCGUCGUCCCCGAGUAGCGAUGAGGACAAACAAACACUGGAGAAGUCCAGGAGCUCUUCGCGUUUGCUCAUCCCGAAAUUGCAUAAGGUCAAACGCGAAGAUGCAUCUUUACUCCCAGCCCCAAAGCCUAGGGCAUCCGAUCCCCUAGCCAGCCCCGGGGAAGGGGUAAUCCGAGACCCUUUCAGUUGCUAUCCUAUCGCUAUUAGCCAUACGGACCAUGAACUGAUUCAACACUUCGUUGUGACCUAUCCGUCAAUGAUGUAUAAGUUUGCCGACUCGAUCGCAAAUAAUCCGAUGAUGGAGAUUUUCCGGCAAAUCGCACUCCAUGACAGUCUGCCCUUCCAGGCUAUGCUUGCUAUCGCCUCCAAACAUCGUGCUGGCGUGGAAGGAAAGACAGAGUCUGUGCAGAGCCUUACUCACAAGAUGCGAGCACUUAAGUUCAUGAAUGAGCGUAUCCAAGGGGACGCAACUGGGCAGCAUGACGGAACUAUCUACGCUGUAGCUACAAUGGCUGUCAUCGAGAAAUGGUCCAAGGAUGCAUCUAUCGAGCGAAUGCAUUUUCGCGGGUUAUCAUCGAUGAUCAGGAAUCGAGGCGGAAUGCGUGGCAUGCGACUCACUAGUCCUUUCCUGGAGAAAGUGCUUUACUGGGUUGACUUCAGUUGUGCUCCUAAGGCAAUCAUCAGCACCUCCCUACCUUGGACUGGAUCCACACCUGAUACAACUCCUCCUCUCAACUUUUUGGACCCUAAUCUACACCUUGCUGUUCCUCAUGAUACAAGCACUGCAGAAGAUGCCGAAAGUCUUUGUGAACGAUUUAGAGCAUGCGAAGAUUUCUUACGGUUCUUUCGUCGCCUCCGUGAACUGGAGAGCAUAGCCCUAAACUCUCCUUGUGCUGUUGUAGAAGAGACUUUUCCCCGUCGGACCAAGCACUUCAGCCCUGGCACUCAGCUCUACUCGAUUCUGACUAUGCUACCCGAUUAUGAUCACGGAAUUCGAGAUAUCCGGUUCAUCGACGAAUACACUUGCAUGUCCUGUCUCUUUUUCCUCGCCGUCGCACUAUAUGACUGCUACCUAAACUCCCAAAACCUUGACGAUUAUCUCGAGUGGCUCAGCCUUGAGGUCCGCAACCUCAACCCUUUCACAAAUCCGAGCAUUACAUCAAUCCUUUGGCUAUUCCUGAACAACGGCGGUUAUCCCAAGAACAAACCAGGUGACACUGGGGACCGAUGUUGGAUCGUCUCGCGAAUGGUCCGGAUUGCCAAGCGCCUCGAAUGGAAGCGCCACGGAACUAUCUGGGACCGCCUUCGUCAAGUGCUCAUCAAUUUCAUCGUCACGCAGCAAGAAUGCGCAUUAGGCUCUGAUCAGAUCGACGCCGAGACGCAUGUAGCCCGUGCGCAGAAACAACUUGGCUAUCAGACCAACUCGGCGGACUACUUCUGGAAUGAGGCACAGUUGCGUGAGGAUAUUCUCGAAUUCAAUUUGCCUUCUGUCACCCGUUCAUCUACCGGUCUGGGAGACACGAAUGUACCCGUUUUCACGUAACAACCUUACCUCUCUUUUAUCUUUGUUUCAGCCAUGCAUGGAUCCCCACUUCAGCGUAUCACCAACUGAGCGAUGAUCUCGUUCGGGGUUUACUUUUGGUUAAUCUAAUGUCACCUUUCACGACUUAUGACGGAUGAAAUGAUUGGACGGUCACGGGCUGAAAUUGAAUGGAGUGGACUGCUACUUUAGAUUGGAAAUCAAGUUCUUCCCAUGUAAGAGGGGGUUGUAUCGGCUAUCGAUGAUCUAAUACUGCUUUACACAGAGUUUGGUAGAAUGGCGUUGGUACAGUUACCUCCUGAAGAAAUGAUGCAGCUGCCGGCGGUGUGCAAUCAGUCUUUUGCCUUUUGAACCCAAG